UUUCCUUUUAGGUAUAGCGCACGUAACUCAUACAGGGAAAUAGCAGGCUACUGCACCACUUCACAGCCGUAGGCUUCACCAUCAUACUCAUAUGAUAAUUUGAAAAAAUAGAUUCGCGCACUACUGAAUUCAUCUAGAUAAAUAUACCAAAGGAGCCUUUUAUUGAUCAGUUUAAAGCACCAUUACAAGCACAAUGUUUUUCAGUUCCCAGUUUGAACCAAAAGGCAAGACAGCCCUCAUUGUGGGAAGCUCACAAGGUCUUGGAGCAGAGAUCGCCUUAAAGUUAUAUGAGCAGGAAUGUUCGGUUAUUUUAGUUGCAAGAACUGCUUCCAAGUUGAAGGCCCAAGUUGAAAGGAUAGUAUCGACUGUCGGCAAGAAGGACAACACGGAGAUAUAUUAUAUUAGCAGUGAUGUGUCCAACUACAAGGCUGCUCAAGACAUGUGGGACGAAGUCUUCCACAAAAGAGGACAAGAUCCCGAUUUUAUUUUCUGCUGUGCCGGUUCUGCUGUUCCAAAGCUAUUCAUUGACAUUACUGAAAAAGACAUAAACGAUGGCAUUGACAUUAACUUCAAGACAGCAUACAAUGUUUGUCACACCGCUUACAAAACUAUCUCCAAGGUGCAUUCCAACAAGGAAUCACAUGAGUACAAAAAGAGAACGAUUGUAUUAUUCUCAUCUGUUAUCAGUGUAUUUCCAUUCAUUGGUUACGGUCAGUACGGGCCAAUGAAGGCUGCCCUUCUAAACUUCUCGAUUAUUUUACGUCAAGAAUUGAAACCAUUCAACUUUAGAGUCGCUACCGUAAUUGCAGGCAAUUUCCAAAGUGAGGGUUAUGAUGUUGAACAGCAGACAAAACCAGAAAUUACCAAAGUUAUCGAGGGACCAAGUCAUGCAAUGCCUGCGUCGGAAUGUGCCCAGAUUAUUUUAAAGAACUUGAACAGAGGAGUUGACACAAUUUACACUGACUUAAUUGGAUGGUUUGUUGGCUGCUUUUAUUUAGGACUUGCUCCCAGAAAUUGGUACAUUGUUCAGAUAUUUGUUAGUCUUUUACUCCUGAUUAUUGGCCCGAUAGUUGGCUGGUCAAUGGAUAGAGAUAUCAAGAAGUAUUAUCAGCAACACAAGCUGUCUGCAACUGUCACAGAACAGGCUGAAAAUUCCGAUCUGACUACCACCUCCACAAAGAAAAGUUAGUCCGAGCUAUUGGCCACAUGCAAGGAUACUGGAAACAUUACAUAUACGUAUAUUUAGUUCUUUUAUUUAAAUACUCAAAUGUACACGACGCCUGACUCCAACAUGACACUUUUCCUAAACCUUAGUACAGUCCUUUACUUCUUUUCUGUGAUAGAGUUAGCUAUCUUGUCAGAAAUACUGAGUAACUUUUUAUCAGCGGUAAGGCCCCAUUGGUACCAGUUAAUGCCAUACACCCAAUUCACCAUCUUGAUAAUCUCAUCGUUCCAGAUAUCCUUGCAGGUCUCAGAAAAGUUGACCCUAGUGGUUGCACCGAUACGCUUAUCUAUAGGAAUAAGUUCUUUCUUCAAGUCAUGAUCAGAGAGUAUUCUGUUGUUGAUAGUAUUGUCAGAUACUCUGAGCUGGUGUGAUAUGAAUUGUUGAUUCUUCUUGAAGUACUCGCCGGUAUAGUAUGUGAGCGCAGAGGUCAAUAAAACACCUCCUAAGAAGCCAUGUAUUC